AUGAUGAAAAUAUAUUUAAAAAUAACUGAUGCAACUAAAAUACGUAUGAUACCAUUUAUAAAUUAUUCACGUUUUUUUGAUUUACAUAGAUUAACUAAUUUAUUAAAAAGUAAAGAUAUUAAUCAAGCACGUUCAAUUAUGGUUCAAACAUGGAGAAAUUUAUCUGAUGAUAAACGUCAACAAUAUAAUUAUAGUCUUGUCAAAUUUUAUUCACCUGUUACACAAAAUUCUUUACCAGCAUCAAAUGUUAGACAUGGAAAAUUAGAUAAAACUAAUAUGGAUAAACGAACAUUUGAAAAAAUGAUUCAUUUUAAAUCACUUAAAUCAUCUAUUGAUCCAGGUGUUCCACGUCUUCGUCAAUUACUUAUGGUUGCUUCUCAAAAGGUCAAAACACCAACAAUGGAAUUCUACCUAUUUUACAUAAGUUCAUCAGCAUUACGUAAAGCAAAACGUUUACAACGUCGUUGGUCUCGUCUUUUAUUUUCUCAAGUAUUAAAAACUUUAAAUAUUCAUGAAAAACUUUCAUUAAAAUUAAAUGAUCAUAAACGUACAUAUAAAAUUGAAUUUUAUUUUGAUGAAAAAUAUGGAAAAAAACAAUUAAAUGAAAUUAUACGUUUAUUUGAAACAUAUUUUAUUUCACGUUUAUGUCGUUCAAUAAAUAAAAAACGUAAAGAAUUAACAACAACUGCUCUUUUAACAUCAGCACAUAUUCAAUUAGCUGAAAAAGAUGAUGAUGAUGAUGAAGAUGAUGAACAAAUUAAUGGUGAAGCUAAUACAGCCAAAGAAAAAGCAAAUAGAAAUGAUGAAAAAGAAUAUGAUGAUGAUGAUGACGAUAAUAAUAAUAACAAUGAAGAAAAUGAAACAGAUGAUGAAGAAACAAUGCAAGAUAAUCAAGAUGAAAAUGAUUAA